AUGACUCCACUGUACCUAUCUAAGCUAUUCCCUUGGGCAUUCAUUGGGUCUGGGGAAAAUAUCAAACUGCAUGGUGUCCAUGACGAGUCCAUGAUGACUUCAGUGUCUGGCAUAGCUGCCUACUUUGGAAAGGUUAAAAGCUUGGUUACUCUUGUUCGAUUCAUUCACCAGAAUCCAGGUCCUGUCUCGUUUGUUCUUAUCACUCAAAAGCAACCUUCGUCAUCGGGGUACAGAAAAUUAGCUAAACGAGUGCGGAAGAUGAAGAGAAACCGUCUUCGUUCUCCAUCGCGCCAUCGUGUCCAUGUCCAGCUCCUGUCAUCUCCCUCUGUUCCUCUAAAUCAAACUCACAAUGCACAUCUCAAUAUGGCUCGUUUCUUUGCGGCAACAUCAGCCGUUGUAUUCUUCCCGGACGGGAUUUCUUCUCCUGCACCUCCGCAUCUCUAUGAGACGCUUUCAGAAAUUGCCGCGGAACUCGCAUAUCCUAUAAUUAUCGAACCUACUCUUCGCCGCCCAGUGAAGUCCAGUCAUAAUCUGGGUACUCGGGGCGAAGGCUCGGAUGGAUUCUUCUCUUACAACUCGCUGCUGUAUAUUCCACGAAAUGCCUCUGUGUGGUGUCCUGAACGCUUCUUCAUUGCAUCUCCCCUCGAAUGGUCGGAAUGCCUUUGGUUUACGUGGCUGAAGCACCCACAAUCUCUUCGGUCUCCAACACUGGAUAAGAUUUACGAAGCCAUGUCGUCCUAUGGUCCGCAGUCACUAGCCAAUAAUGAUGAUGCUGAAUAUCAUCAUCCCGUUCUGCCACGCUCAGAACCAAAACCCACCAUCCAGUCGUAUGAGCGUGCAGUUCCGCUCGGAAGCCUGCGUAAUGGCUGCCAGAGAACUACACGCCCAGGGGGUCUGGACCCAGGCUCCCGACCCGAACCCUCACAACAAGUCAGGCUCUUUGAGAACGUGCAACAUGUCAAGGCCAUGUGCAGCUCGGUAUUGAGGGCGUGGGGAAAGUAUUUGUUGAGUGAUUGA